UGUUUAGUUUUCUUCAAUUCUUAUUAGCCCCCUAGUUGGAGGAAUAUCUGAUGUUUAUGGAAGAAAACCUGUUAUGUUGAUUUGUCUGACUGGCAUAUCGAUAUCUUACAUUGUUUGGGCUUUGUCAUCAAAUUUUGCUUUGUUUAUACUAGCUCGAUUUAUAGGAGGCAUAAGCAAAGGUAAUGUUUCUUUAAGUAUGGCAGUAAUUGCCGAUGCGUCUAGUGGAAAAGGCAGGACAAAAGGAAUGGCUUUGGUGGGUAUAGCAUUUUCUUUAGGAUUCACUAUUGGACCUCUUAUCGGAGCUUUAUUUAGUCAAUUGACAGACAAAACAAAUGUGGAUUGGUUUAUGUACCCAGCUGUAUUUGCAUUUUUAUUAUCGAUUGCUGAUCUUCUGUUUGUGGCAGUGUUCUUUAAUGAAACACUUCCAAAGGAACAUCGUUCAAAGGCUACUGUAACAACUUUAUCACAGGCUACAAAUCUUAUUAGCAUACCUAAACUUUUCAAAUUUACUGCUGUUUCAGCAUUACAUAAAACAGACAAAGACAAUUUAAAAAGAUUAGGUCUGGUUUAUUUUAUAUAUCUGUUCUUAUAUAGUGGACUGGAAUUUACUCUCACAUUUUUAACCCAUCAUACAUUUGGAUACAGUUCAAUGCAACAGGGAAAAAUGUUUUUCUUUAUUGGCAUAAUAAUGGCUAUAUUCCAAGGAGGAUUUGUGAGACGAGUACCUGAACAUAAAUUAAAAUCUGCAGCAGUUGCAGGUCUUUGGCUUAUUGUACCCGCUUAUGGUUUUGUUGCAUUGUCUCCAAUAGUUCAUAUUUAUUUCUUAUACAUUGGACUUUUUCUAUUUGCAGUUUCUACUGCAUUUGUUGUUCCAUCAUUGAUGUCAUUAGCAUCCAGAUAUGGAGGAGUUGAACAAAAAGGAACAGUUAUGGGUGUGUUCCGAUCAUUAGGAGCUUUAGCUAGGGCUGUUGGUCCUGUUAUAGCAUCAAUUGCAUUUUGGAGUAUUGGUUGCUCUUUGACAUAUUUAGUUGGUGGUGUUUUACUGAUUAUACCAGUAUUAAUGUUGCAAUUUUCGAAUGUAUAAAACAAAUUACUAUAAUAACUUGACCAGUAUUACUAUUAAAAUAUCAAAUGAUGAUAAUAGUAUUAAUGAAUGUGGUGAAUAGAAUGAUCUGAUGUUAUUUAUGACCUCAAAAGUGUGAAUGUAUCAUAUGUGAAUUAUUAGAA